UUGCAGGACAAAUUUCUCGUUGGCAGGACGUUAUCACAGCAUGCCGAGCCGGUGCGUCUUUGUAAGUACGAACCUGCACGGAAGCGCAGGCCUCCGGCUCGCUUCGACGAGCAGAUGGUGGAUGUUAAGGCCAGUUAUUUCAAGUACUUUGCUUCGCUCGCUCAAGAACAUGUAAGUACUCCAGCUCGAGUGUCGCAUGGUGUCGUUGUUGGAAAACUUGUGAAACUCACCAAAGUGCGUGGAAAAUAUUUUCGUUAUCUUGGAACCUCUGUCGGCGGUACGGCUUACUUACAUCCAGAAGAGUCAGUAUUUCUUGUUCAAAGUAACCGACUCCAGAUAUGGGACCGUGGAAUGCCACUGAGUGUUCAACAGGUCUACACCCAAUUGUUACGUGGGGAUGCGUAUGAGCGUUGCUUGGUUUUUAGGCGACUGAUGCGAUACGGGUUCGUCCUUCGGAUACGCGAUCUAGGUAACAAUGUUUCCAGGUGCUACAUACCAAGAUGUUCGGAUUGGGUGGAUGACGUACCGACUUCUAUUUCCCUGUCGCACGUUGGUCCCAUUGCCACUGGCUUUACUGAGGUACCGCGGGAAGUACAAAACCGUAAGCAUCGCUUCGUUGCCAGCAGCGGAGAUAUUAAACACCUAAUCCCACGUUCUUCCGUGUCCACUCUAUGUGAAUUGAUGUCGACUCUACAGUCUGUUGUCAAACCUGGAAAGAACGGCACACCUAUUCCCCAACUUCCUUGCCUUUUGUUCGAUGGUUACGGCAAUUGUUCUGACGAGAAAGCCAGAAGGAUUGAUUUCUCCAAAAAAUUUCCACCAGCUCCCGACUUUUUAGUUGCCAUAACUUUUCCUGAUCAAGUUUGUCCAUCUCUGCCACCCAGCUAUUUUGAAACCCUCGGUUUGGCGACUAGAACCCCAGUCCUGCUUUCUACGAUAGACGGCACGGAUGUGUUUUUCCACAAAAUGCAAGCUUUUCAUAUUCCAGUUCUAAGAAUUUGA